UAGCCGGGCACAUUACUUCGCCUUCCCUCUCUCCCUAAAACCCUUUUUCUUCUCUUGAUUGAAAUUCAAAGCCCUGUUUCUCUUACCACUCUCCAUUAAGAAAUCCAGAAAAAUAAAAAAAAGAAAUUGAGAGAGAGUAGCCAUGCUUCUUUCACCGAAGCUGAAACUAUUCCUGAACCCUUACUCAAAUUGUAGCAGAGCUAUUUCCAUGGCCUCCAAGGAUUUUCUGCUACUCAAGCCCUCCCCAGCUCUCGCUGCCCACGCGUGCGUGCUUCCGCUCCAUUCUUUUGAGCAGACGCGCUAUUUUCACUCCAAUAGCAGAAAAAAUGUCUCGUUUUUCGCUAAUACGAGACACUUGCCAGCAAUUUAUCAGAAGGCCCAUGGAUAUAGUUACAGCCCAAGUGCCGCCAUGCCCAUUUCUAGACCGAUAUCCGGUGCCGGUUUAGAGACUGUGGAGAAUCAGUUUGUAGAUGAAGAACAACUUAUCAUAUUACGGCAAAAGUUGCAGGAGAUUGGAAUUGGCCCCAAACCUUGUUUGCCAGGGCAGUACAAUAGCUUGAUUUGUCCAAGAUGUAAAGGUGGGGAUUCAGAGGAGAAGAGCUUAUCUCUUUUUAUUGAACCGGACGUGUGGGCAGCAGUUUGGAACUGCUUUCGAGGUAAAUGUGGGUGGAAUGGCGCAACCCGAGCAUAUGCAGCUGUAUCAUCGACUUAUGCAAAAAUGAAUGAAACCAUGAAAGUCAAGCAACCACCUAGAAAAAUCACCGAUGAGAGUUUGGAACAAGAACCGUUGUGUAUAGAGUUACUUCGUUAUUUUUCUGAGCGGAUGAUAUCUGGAGAAACAUUACGAAGAAAUGGUGUCAUGCAGAAAAAAAGUGGAGAACAUAUUGUUAUUGCUUUUACUUACCGGAGGAAUGGAGAGCUUGUAAGUUGCAAGUAUUGUGAUAUCACCAGAAAAUUUUGGCAGGUUGAAGGUGAAAUGGACAAACUUUCAAUGGAAGAAGCUGGCUUCAGAAACUGUGUGAGUGUCCCUGAUGGUGCUCCUUCAAAAGUCUCGAAUAAGGGAUUACCCUCUGAAGAUGAGGACACCAAGUAUCAAUUUCUAUGGAAUUGCAAAGAGUAUACAGAUAAGGCAUCUCGCAUUAUUCUUGCCACGGAUAAUGACUCACCUGGUCAAACCUUAGCUGAAGAAAUUGCGAGGCGCUUGGGGAAAGAAAGGUGUUGGAGGGUGAAAUGGCCUAAAAAAAAUGACACUGAAUGUUUCAAAGAUGCAAAUGAGGUUCUUAUGUUUAUGGGUCCUGAUGGAUUGAGAGAUGUCAUUGAAGCUGCUGAGCUUUACCCAAUAAGAUGUCUGUUCAAUUUCAAAGAUUACAAUGAUGAGAUUGAUGAUUACUAUCAUCAGUCACUUGGUUAUGUGUUUGGUGCCACAAUAUCCGGUGCCGGUUUAGAGACCGUGGAGAAUCAGUUUGUAGAUGAAGAACAACUUAUCAUAUUACGGCAAAAGUUGCAGGAGAUUGGAAUUGGCCCCAAACCUUGUUUGCCAGGGCAGUACAAUAGCUUGAUUUGUCCAAGAGAGUGCAGCAGUUUGGACUUGCUUUCGAUGUGGGUGGGCAGGCUUUACCCGAACAAAUGCAGGUGUAUUAUCAUGGAUUGCAUGCAAAAUUGAAUGAAAUCACGAAAUUAAAGCAACAACCUAGAAAUUAAAUGCCGAAGAACUCGCACGGCGCUUGGGUAUAGAGAAAGGUGUUGGAGUGUUAAAUGGCCUAAAAUGAAUGAGACGACAAGUUUCAAAGAUGCAAAUGAGGGCCGAUAAACAUUUCUGAAGGUGCUUAUGCAUAUGGGUCCGACUUUUUUCUUCGUUCUGACUUCAUGAAUAUCCCUACGUAUUAAUAUAUUGGUUAUUCGAUACUUGUAAUUUAAAGGUGCUUCUGUAUAUGGGUCCUGAUGCAUUGAGGGAUAUCAUUGAAGCUGCUGAGCUUUUAGCUCAUUUUUUUUUUUCUUGUCAAAAGUUUGCAUAUUGAUGGUAAAUGUUUUCAAUUAAUUAAACAGGGGUUUUAAACAUGUUGCGUAUGCUAUAAUGUGAGUCGUGUAUUUUUGCUAAAUGAAUGUGAUAAUA